UGUACAUCGUCAAAUCUGAUAAUUCCUACCAUUGAAUUAUUCUACGCCCAUUGAGCACUACAUACGCCAUCAUGGCAGAUUAUCCGCCUCUGGAGGACCGUCCUCUGAAGAACACCAUCUGUCUCUUCGAUGUAGAUGGAACUCUAACGCCAGCAAGGCUGACUGUGGCCCCCGAGAUGCUCGACCUGCUCUCCCGACUGCGCCAGAAGUGCGCCAUCGGUUUCGUCGGUGGCUCAGACUUGGCCAAACAGCAGGAACAACUCGGGACAGCUUCAACCAAUGUCACCUCGAUGUUCGACUUCGCCUUCUCGGAGAACGGCCUAACCGCCUUUCGUUCGGGCAAGCCUCUCGCCAGUAACAGUUUCAUCAAAUGGAUUGGUGAAGAGAAGUAUCAGAAGCUGGUCAACUUUAUGCUGGCCUACCUUGCCAACAUAUCACUGCCGAAGAAGCGUGGUACUUUCAUCGAGUUCCGCAAUGGAAUGAUCAACGUUAGCCCUAUCGGCAGGAAUGCAAGCAACGAGGAGAGACGGGAGUUUGAACAGUAUGACAAGCAGCACAAUAUCCGACGGGAUUUCGUGGACGCGCUCAAGAAGGAGUUCGCCGACUUUAGUCUCACUUUCUCAAUCGGUGGCCAGAUCUCCUUUGACGUCUUCCCCACCGGCUGGGACAAGACCUACUGCUUGCAGCACAUUGAAGCCGAGAAGAACAUCUCCGGUAUCGAAUACAAAACCAUCCACUUCUUCGGCGACAAGUCCUUCCCCGGCGGCAAUGAUUGGGAGAUCUACAGCGAUCCCCGUACCGUAGGCCACGCCGUCAGCGGCCCUGAUGACACGAUGAAGCAGUUGAAGGAGCUGUUCCAGCUGUAAAUUGGGCUGUGGGGAUCAUAUUUGGCGUUUUGCGGGGUUGGGGUAAUGGGACACAAAAUUGGGAUAAUGGGACAUGUACAUUAAUAUUUGUUAUAACAAAAAAUUGACUCCAUGUAUUCUUCAGAACAAUACAGUAUCCCCGUCCAUGGCUUGUUGCCCCUUCAGCAAAAAUGGGUCGAG